AACCACUUAGAGCUCUAUCUGAGAGAUCCAAACUGAUCGACUGAUAGAUUUAGAAGUGUUUGUACAUGACCAAGAGAACCAUGGGAGACCAGCAGCAGCCACAGGGGAUGAGCAUCGGCGAUAGCCUCAAGCUACCUCCAGGGUUCCGGUUCCACCCCAGAGACGAAGAGAUCGUCACCUUCUACCUCACACCCAAGGUGUUCCAGAGGGGAUUCACCUGCAUCGCUAUUGGAGAGGUCGACCUCAACAGGACAGAGCCAUGGGAACUCCCAGGAAAGGCAAAGAUGGGAGAGAAUGAGUGGUAUUUCUUCUACCAAAAGGACCGCAAGUACCCAACGGGUAUGAGGGCGAACCGGGCCACAGAGGCUGGCUAUUGGAAGGCUACUGGCAAGGACAAGGAGAUCUACAGAGUCGCAGGAGGGGUAGCCCCACCUGUGAUCAUUGGCAUGAAGAAGACUCUCGUCUUCUACAAGGGGCGGGCUCCUAGGGGCGAAAAGACCAACUGGGUCAUGCACGAGUUUAGGCUCGAAGGCAGCAGCAGGCUCCCCUGCCCUACAUCAAGCUCAACCUCCACCGGAGCCUUGAAAUCUUCAUCUGCUUCCAAGGAUGAGUGGGUGGUCUGUCGUGUAUUUCACAAGACCACUGGGAUCAAGAAGGUGCCUGCGCCUGCGCCAUCAUCUUAUGACAUUGCCAUGGCCUAUGCUGGGAUUGAUCAGAGCGGUAUCCCCAUGCCCAUGCCAAUGCAGUAUCCCAUCCUACCAGAUUUCACCAUGGAUCCAGCAAUACCCUACUACUCCACUGCCUGUGCGAGCUCCAUAUCGGUGCCACCCGUGAUGCCACCUAUGGCAAGCAUGGGUAGUGCUGGGCUUCAUAUGAAUGGCGCUAUGUUUGGGAACCCAAUUGCCAACGCGUCGUCAAUGUCCUUCUUCCACCAGAUGGGCAUGGAGGCAGAAGGCACCAGCAGCUUCAUAGCCACACCUGAGAGUAGGCCUUCGUGA